AUGGGGGGCCCGGCGGCGCGGAGGGGCGCCGGGGGGCUCCGCGCGCUGCUGCUGGCGCUGGUGGCCGCGGGGACGCCCGCCGACGCCUACAGCCUCGACCCGCAGCGCCCGGUGCGCUUCCAGGGCCCCGCCGGCUCCUUCUUCGGCUACGCGGUGCUGGAGCACGUCCACGACCACACGCGCUGGGUCCUCGUGGGGGCACCAAAGGCAGAUUCCAAAUACAGCGCUUCAGUGAAGUCCCCUGGGGCUGUGUUUAAGUGCCGUGUCCACACCAACCCUGACCGGAGAUGCACCGAAUUGGACAUGGCUCGAGGGAAGAAUCGGGGCAUGCCAUGUGGAAAGACCUGCCGGGAAGACCGGGAUGAUGAGUGGAUGGGGGUGAGCCUGGCCCGGCAGCCCAAGGCUGAUGGCCUCGUGCUGGCCUGUGCCCACCGCUGGAAGAACAUCUACUAUGAAACAGACCACAUCCUGCCCCAUGGCUUCUGUUACAUCAUCCCGUCCAACCUCCAGGCUAAAGGCAGGACGCUGAUCCCUUGCUAUGAAGAGUAUAAGAAGAAGUACGGCGAGGAACACGGCUCCUGCCAGGCCGGGAUAGCGGGCUUCUUCACGGAGGAGCUGGUAGUGAUGGGUGCCCCAGGCUCAUUUUAUUGGGCUGGGACAGUCAAAGUGCUGAACCUUACAGACAACACCUAUUUCAAACUGAACGAUGAAGUGAUCAUGAACAGGCGGUACACUUACCUGGGCUAUGCAGUGACUGCCGGCUCCUUCUCUCGUCCGUUCACCACCGAUGUGGUAGGAGGUGCUCCACAGGAUGAAGGCAUUGGAAAGGUUUAUAUUUUUAGAGCUGAUCGAAGAUCGGGCACGUUAAUUAAGAUUUUUCAGGCAUCAGGUAAAAAGAUGGGCUCUUACUUCGGCUCCUCCUUAUGCGCAGUUGACUUGAACGCAGAUGGCCUCUCUGACCUGCUGGUGGGGGCCCCCAUGUUCUCUGAGAUCAGAGAUGAGGGGCAGGUCACCGUCUACAUCAACAGAGGAAAUGGAGCCCUGGAGGAGCAACUGGCCUUGAGUGGUGACGGCGCCUACAACGCACACUUUGGGGAGAGCAUCGCCAGCCUGGGUGACCUUGAUGACGAUGGGUUCCCAGAUGUGGCCAUUGGUGCACCCAAGGAGGAUGACUUCUCAGGGGCCGUCUAUAUCUAUCAUGGUGAUGCUGGUGGGAUAGUCCCUCAGUACUCAAUGAAACUGUCUGGCCAGAAGAUAAGUCCAGUCCUGCGGAUGUUUGGUCAGUCCAUAUCAGGAGGCAUUGAUAUGGAUGGAAACGGCUAUCCUGAUGUAACGAUUGGAGCCUUCAUGUCCGACAGUGUGGUUCUUCUGAGGGCGAGACCCAUCAUUACGGUGGACGUCUCCAUCUUCCUCCCAGCCUCCAUCAACAUCACAGCCCCUCAGUGUCACGAUGGGCUGCAGCCUGUGAACUGCCUGAACGUCACCGCCUGCUUUAGCUUCCACGGCAAGCAUGUUCCAGGAGAGAUUGGCCUCAAUUACAUUCUGACGGCUGAUGUGGCCAAAAAGGCAAAGGGCCAGUUGCCCAGAGUCUACUUUGUGUUACCAGGAGAGUCCGUGGGUCAGAUCACAGAGAAGCUGCAACUGGUCUACAUGGAGGAGACGUGUCAUCACUACGUGGCCCAUGUGAAGCGGAGAGUGCAGGACGUCAUCAGCCCCAUCGUGUUUGAAGCCGCCUACAGCCUGGGUGAGCAUGUGACUGGGGAGGAGGAGAGAGAACUGCCAGCCCUGACACCAGUGCUCCGCUGGAAAAAGGGACAGAAGAUUGCCCAACAGAAUCAGACGGUCUUUGAGAGGAACUGCCGUUCAGAGGACUGUGCCGCCGACCUGCAGCUCCAAGGUCAACUGUUGCUCUCCAGUGUUGAUGGAAAAACCCCAUAUCUAGCUUUGGGGGCUGUGAAGAAUAUUUCCCUGAACAUCUCCAUCUCAAACCUUGGGGAUGAUGCCUAUGAUGCCAAUGUGUCCUUCAAUGUUUCCCGGGAGCUCUUCUUCAUCAACAUGUGGCAGAAGGAGGAAAUGGGCAUUUCCUGUGAGCUGCUGGAAUCAGACUUCCUCAAAUGCAGUGUGGGAUUUCCUUUCAUGAGGUCAAAAUCGAAGUAUGAAUUCAGCGUGAUCUUUGACACAAGCCACCUGUCUGGGGAAGAGGAAGUUCUUAGCUUCAUCAUUACUGCUCAGAGUGGCAACGUGGAACGCUCCGAGUCCCUGCACGACAACACCCUCAUGCUGACAGUGCCGUUGAUGCACGAAGUGGACACGUCCAUCACUGGAAUCAUGUCUCCAACCUCCUUUGUGUAUGGCGAGUCUGUGGAGGCAUCCAACUUCAUUCAGCUGGAGGACCUGGAAUGUCAUUUCCAGCCGCUCAACAUUACCCUUCAGGUCUAUAACACUGGGCCAAGCACCCUUCCUGGGUCGUCUGUGAGCAUCACUUUUCCUAAUCGAUUAUCAUCUGGAGGUGCAGAGAUGUUUCAUGUUCAGGAGAUGGUGGUGGGCCAAGAGAAGGGAAACUGUUCUUUCCAGAAAAACCCAACCCCCUGCAUCAUCCCUCAGGAGCAAGAAAAUAUCUUCCAUACAAUAUUUGCCUUUUUCACAAAGUCUGGAAGAAAAGUCUUGGACUGUGAAAAACCAGGAAUUUCUUGCCUAACAAUUCACUGUAACCUUAGUGCACUUGCUAAAGAAGAAAGUCGUACUAUAGACAUUUACAUGCUGCUGAACACAGAAAUAUUGAAGAAGGACAGUUCAUCUGUCAUCCAGUUUAUGACCCGCGCCAAGGUCAAGGUGGACCCUGCCCUGAGGGUGGUGGAGAUAGCCAACGGGAACCCAGAAGAGAUGACGGUGGUCUUCGAAGCCUUGCACAAUCUGGAGCCCCGUGGCUACGUUGUGGGGUGGAUCAUUGCCAUAAGUUUACUGGUGGGAAUCCUUAUCUUCCUGCUGCUGGCUGUGCUGCUCUGGAAGAUGGGCUUCUUUCGCCGAAGGUACAAAGAAAUUAUCGAGGCCGAGAAAAACCGGAAAGAGAACGAAGACAGUUGGGACUGGGUCCAGAAAAACCAGUGACCUGCCACGCCAGUCACGUGACCCGAUGAUUCGCCUGUAUCUUGAUCUUUGUAUCUUCCAUAUUUGGAAGAAAGAAUCUUCUCCAGAUUUUUCGGAGGCCCCACUGAUGCUGUUCUCUUCCUCAUUUCACCAAGCCCAGGAGCCAACCUGAGGCAGCCACUCUGGCCAGGUCACAUGACUACAGCCACCACCCAUUUCCUUUUAGAGAUGAACUCCGAACUUUGGAAAGCAAGCUACAGAGAUGAGCAGUAUUUAUGGAUGCAACGUGUGUGGUCAACCCUCAGGGGAAAACUGUUACCUAAAAGUAUUUUUAUAAAUAUAAGCCUUUUAUACUGAUUACGUCUUUAUAUUUGUAUCGAUGUUUUGUUAUUUCUAUUAAAUAGUUAUAUAAUUCACUCAAGCACUGAUAUCUGGCCUGAAAGCUUGGAAGUCCAUGUGCAUUCAUACACAUUUUAAAGGAUAAAAAUCUGAUCGUACUUUGGAACUUGCUGUUAAAAGAGACUCGGAGAUGAAAUAAUCUGAAGAAAGCUCAUGCGAUGAAUCCACCAGGCUGGUAGUGCUGCAUUAUAAACCGUGGUGGUGGUGAGACCUUUAAGACAAUUCACACCUUUAUUGCCUGGAGUCAGGUUUGAAGCAAUGUGCUAAAGAACUGUAAGUAGCUUUUCAUAUGUACCUUUCACUGGGAGAUUUCCAAUAGGAACUUGGAUGGAAAAACCUGAUCCUAGCACAAGUCUGCUCUGCAUCACCUCUACAGCAGACAUCACACCCUCCUUCCACUUGGAUUAAUAGAUAAGAACUUGGAGCAAGGCCAUUUGGUCAUCUGGUAAACCUCAGGAUGGCGUCUCAUCCCGGACAUCAUGCAUUGGAGUCCACACACCACAAGGACUAAGCUGGUGCCCACCGAGCAAAGACUUGUGUCUGAAUGCUGUGAUGUGUUGCCUUUUCAUUGACUUCAGAGGUCUCCACUUCCCCUACCAUUCUUGCCUGUCCCAUCUAAUGGUGACUGCAGAUUCUUCCCAGAGAUGACCAUUCAACGUGUCUAUAGUUUUUAAAAUAGUGUCUUAAGUGAGGUUCGCCCAAAACAGACUCUGAUAGAAGGAUUUACAUGCAAGUGACUGAUUAAGGGAGUGUCUGUGCCCCCGGAAAACUGCAAUAGGGGUAUGAGGGAAGCAGGACAGGGAAGGGGAGAAAGCCAGGUAAGGGUGCCAUUUCAGAGGAUAUCCCGUGGAGGGUAGCUUCAGCCUUAUCCUACCAGGGAGCUCUGGAGGGCAAGUUAAGUCUCAGAGUUCUCCCAACCUGAGGUGAGGGAGCUGAGCUUUUAUAUUCUUGCUCCCAAGGGAGGUGUAAACUUCUCACUCUCAGUUCCUGGAGGCAGAAUGGCUCUGAUAGCCCAGAGGAAGUCUUCUAAAGAGAGCUGGAAGUGCACCCCCAGCGCAGGGAGGCAUCCAGAAAUGUUGUGAAAGAAAUGAUGCACAGGGAUCUAGGCAUAACUGUGACCUCUGCCCCCUGCCCCGCCCCCUGUGUGUGUGAAUGCUGAGUUGGGGCCUUCCAGUCCCCCCAUUUGACGGUGUUUAUUAUCAGAUGCACUGCUGCCCAGUUUUGAGUGCAAAAUGGUUUUCUAAAAGGGCAGUGACAUGACGGCUAGAGUGUACUCAGCCCUGCGCCUGGCCCGUAGUGAACAGUCAGUGACUGGUAGCAGCUCUGGCUGCUGUCGCCACAGACCAUCUGAUGAGAGAAAAAAAGUGGCAAAGAACAGGGUCUGACAAAGAGUCCUUACUGGCUUAUUACAGCCCAGUGAUGCCCCAGGUACUUAACGGAUGGCAUCAAAUGGACAUGAAGCCAGAAAUAAGAUGAAAGAUCUUUCUCGAAAGGCCUUGUUUGCUGGAAACUAACAUGUUGGGGGUCUGUGAACAUUGUUGCAAAGACAACUCCAGAGGAAAGGGAUUUUUCUGUGCAGGUACUUGGCUAAUACUUGCAAAGGCAUUUAAAGUUGGGGCAGACUCAUGAGGAGACCGGGCGGGCAGUUGUGAACCUGGCAUAGAACAGAAGCAUCUUUUUGUUUCUCAUUAUGCAGUUGACUCUGAUGCAGGAAGACAAUGUAUGUAUCAUGUGUCCCCUCCUGGUGAAUAUGGGAAUAGACAGCAAAGCCCAGAGGGUCAGUGGCAUGAAUGAGGCUGAUCUUAGAAUGAAGUCAGGGAUGUUGCUUCUAACAGAGGGAGUCACAGAGGUGACUACUGAGCAGAUGCAGGCAAAGAAACCAGUUCUAAGAGUUCACCUGUGACUUCUAUCAAGAGCAACAAAGGCAGUUUUGAGUGGGUCAUAGUCACUCAUUUCAAGGAUACUUAUGGGGGCCCUGUAGGCCAGGAGCUGUGCUAGGUGCUGCGGCGUCCCCCGAGAACACCACAGGCAUGUUUUGCCUGAAGAGCCAGACCUCCCUUCAAGAAGAGUGUAGAGAGUGAAAGCCUUUAUGAGACCCCAUGUGUAGCUUUCCUUUGCUGGAUUCUUGUUCACUGUGUCAUGUUGUCCUUUAAUAAACCAUUUAAGAUUCUUAGGUGGUAGGCCUGGGUCAGCUCCAUCAGCAGCUUUGACCAAAUGCAUUUAUAGCCACUAACCAGCUUCCCACAAGGGGUGCAGACACAUUGGCAGUAGUGUCGAGGAUGACGCACCCUGCUCCUGUGGGCAGUGUCACAGCCAGGAUCUAUUCGCCUCUGGUUGAUUCUGAAUGGUAGACCCACAGGAGUAGUCAUAUACUCAGGAUCACUAAGAUUCCAUAAGACAGUUCUUUUUAAAAAUUGUACUUGGCCUCACUGGAAGCAAACACUGGCAGCCACUCCAGGAGUCUCUCUGGAGCAGGAUGGUGCCCCUGCGUGUCCAAUGGUGCUGAGUAGUAGGUGGGGCAACAGGGAGCCAUUUAACACAGUGAGAAAGAAGCCAAGCGUACUGUUAGCCCUCUCAACUGGGCAUUUUACCAGCUCCACCCCAGCUCAGAAGCUCUCAAGAGGCUCUCAGGGGAAGCAGACAGGGUGAAUGGCAUCUGUGUUACUCCUCCAGAAUAUUCUUUUAAAAGUCCACAGUGCAUUCCAGUUUCUAACCUUCCUGCUUAUAUGGGUUCACUGUGGAAUCCUAUCAGAUAUUCUCUUACACAGCUGCUUCAGCUUCAGUCUGCUUCAGCUUUUAAUUAUGGAUUCAGUAUGGCAUUAACUGUCAGAAGUAUUGAGACACUUUUUAAAAAUGGAAGAAGGACCUCUGUGAAAACUUAGGAAGAGAAUGCCUUCUGUUCAAAACUGAUUUGCUUGUGCUUAAUUGAUACAGGACUCAUGAGUUGGGGACAUCCCCCAGAGUGAGUCCUAGACCUGUCGCCAUGAAGAGGCUGUAAAGUUUAGGAGUAAGGAGAUGCUAGAAAAAGGGAGUAGGUCUGCUGGCUUUCUGGUGACUCACAGGCACACAUCUGGAAUCAGCUCUUUGUGAAAAUUCCAUCCCCAGGAGUAUUCCAAAGUUUGAUAAAUGUUGUAGAAAAUCCAAUAGAAAGUCCUCCGUCACCAUAUCAAGAGCAGCCUACAGUCUUUGAGCCAAGGACAUGGGGAUUAAAAACAAACAGAAACCCAGCAGGCCUCCCGAGAACAUCUGGGACCUGUUUUCAAUGCAGAAGUGUAAUAGAUCCCCCAAGUGAUACCCGUGCUGUAUGCUACCUGUUAGAACCCUAGCCGGGUCAUUUUUUAAAGGUUAUUCUACUACUUUUAUUUUUGGAAAAGGUAUUAUGGCCAGGGGAAUGCAGUAACACAUAGGUCACAAAGGAAAUGUGCAUCUGGUGAAACCUACAGACACCUGACUCAAACUUCUGGGAAUUUAGAGGCACUGUAAAGGAUGGUUAUGCAGAGGAAAUGGCCCUGUAGCAGAAGAAAAGGCAGAAAGUGAGUGUCACUUCAGAAAUACUCCAAUGUACAGGAUGUGGUGUUCUACUGUCCUGCUGUAUAGAGCAGCGGUGUACACAGUGGAGAAUAUUUUCUGAAAUGAAUGGCUAAAGGAAGGAUACAGAGCCAGUAGGGCCAAGAUGAAUCUUCUAGAAUGUCUUCCAAUUUUCAGCACAUUGUGAGGGAUAAUGAACAAAUUUCCCAUGUGGUGCAAUGCUUUAUAGCACAAUGAUCUAGAUUUCAGACUUUGUUAAGGUUUUUAAAAAAAUUCUAAUGUGCACAGUGUGAUGGGCAGAGUGAGUUUAAAAGCUUUAAGAGUGAUUAAUUGCAUGGCAGACACCCACGCUAACUUCACUUCCAGAACUUGACUGAUGCAUCCACGUACAUUUCUGCUGAGGACUUUUGGUGGGAGGGGUCACCCCUUACAAAGUCACAUGUAUUAAAGUCUAUGCAGUCACUUCUAAUUCACUUGCACUAUUUGGGAAAUGCAGGUUUACAAAAAUACACGUUUGGAAUAAAAAAAAAUGGCUGCAAAUGA